GCCUGAAGAACAGUAGAACUCAGACUCGAGCGCUCCAAAGCGAGCCACCGCCGAUCUGCUCCUCCCUCUUGACCCUCCUCCGUGCGCUGCGCAGGCAUGAGGCGCCUCCUCGGCGGCUCCCUCGUCCUUUGUAUCGCCGCGGUGGUGGAGUCCAAGCCGCCUCUCGACUCUCUGGGCAUACCACCGCAAGAUGAGGCGUACUACAUAGGCGGCGUGAUCAAAUGCAGGGACGGAUCGGGCAGGUUUUCCAGGGACCAGCUCAACGACGACUUCUGCGACUGCCCCGACGGCACCGACGAGCCCGGGACAUCUGCAUGCCCUGAGGCGAAAUUCUACUGCAAGAAUGCAGGCCACACUCCAGUCACGAUCUUCUCGUCACGAGUGAAUGACGGCAUUUGUGAUUGCUGUGAUGGGAGUGAUGAAUAUGACAGCAAUGUCACCUGUAAGAACACUUGCUGGGAGGCUGGAAAGGUGGCAAGGGAGAAAUUGAAGAAGAAAAUUGCUACAUACGAAAAUGGUGUUGUUAUUCGGAAACAGGAAGUUGAAAGGGCAAAAGAGGCUUUUGCUAAAGAUGAAGCAGAUUUAGCAAAAUUGAAGGGCGAAGAGAAAAUGCUCCAAGGACUUGUUGAUAAACUCAAAGAGCAAAAGAAAUUAAUAGAGAAUGCAGAGGAAGAAGAGCGUUUAAGAAAAGAGAAGGAAGAAAAGAGAACAAAAGAAGAAGAUGAAAAGCAAGCUGCUGUUGAAAAGGGAGCGCUUGAUGCCUCUCGGGAUGUAGAUUCUAAGGAAAUUCAUGAUCAUCUGCAAGAAGGUGAAAACAAGCAUGAUGGACAUGCAACAGGCCAUGAUAAUCAUGUAACAGAAAGCAGGGCAUCUAUUGAGCAGCAUGGUUCUGUAAGCAAAGAUGGUAUUAGCGUUGAAGGUGGAACUGUAGAUGAAUUGCCGCAGGAGUCUGCAGCACCUACCAUAGAGAAGGAUUCUAGCCCUGACAAUCCUGAGGGUUUAUCUAGGGAAGAGUUAGGUCGUAUGGUGGCUUCUCGUUGGACUGGGGAAAGUGUAACUGAGGUUAGUAAAGAUGAUAAGAAGGGGCAUGAAGAUCAGCAAGAAAUACCAGAACCUGCAGAGGAAGCACUUGAAGAUGAAUUAGAAAUUCCAGAACCUGCCGAAGAAAAUUAUGGUGGUUAUCAUUCAGAAGUUGAGGAUGAUAGGCGUAAAUAUGAAGAUGAAGAGUUUUAUCAUGAGUCAGAAGAUGAAUAUGUUGACGACCAUGAUGAGCAUGUUGAGUCCUACAAAUCUGAUGAUGACCAAAAAGAUUUAACUGAGCCAGGACAUGCAUCGUGGUUGGACAAAGUUCAGCAGACUGUACAAAAUGUUUUCCAAAAAUUCAACUCUUUUAAGACCCCUGUAGAUUUGUCAGAGGCUUCUCAUGUUCGUAAGGAGUAUGAUGAUGCUAGCUCAAAGCUUUCAAAAAUUCAGUCUAAGAUAUCCAGUCUAGCUGAGAAGCUAAAACAUGAUUUUGGUAAUGACAAGGAGUUCUAUUCCUUUUAUGAUCAGUGUUUUGAGACCAAGGAAGGGAAGUAUACUUACAAGGUCUGUGCAUAUAAGAAAGCAUCACAGGCUGAAGGGCACAGUUCUACCAACCUGGGGCGGUGGGACAAAUUUGAAGAUUCGUACAGAGUGAUGCACUUUUCAAGUGGAGACAAAUGCUGGAAUGGUCCUGACCGAAGCCUAAAGGUUAGGCUUAGAUGUGGGCUGAGCAAUGAGCUUAAUGAUGUAGAUGAGCCUAGCAGAUGCGAGUAUGUGGCUGUAUUGUCGACCCCUGCAGUUUGCGUAGAGGAGAAGCUGAAGGAGCUGCAAAACAAACUGGACGCCAUGUCUUUGAAGCAGCCCGGGCAUGACGAACUUUAAAAACUUUAGAAUAUUCCAGCGUGAACAUAAAGAAGAUGUCACCAGGAGGCAUAGCUCUGACAGUUACAUCCAUAACAUGAUAGGCAUGGAAGUCAAUGAGGUAUAUGGACAGAAACGGGCCAAGCGCGAGAAAUGAGAAUGUAGAGUUUAGGUCGCCUACCAGGCUAUAUUAGCUCGCAUAGAACAUUUUUUUUAGCUGAAAUUUGAUGUUGCAAUUUUCCAGACUCAUCUGAUGGAAUAUAUAGUAAGAAACAGUACACCUUGAAUCAGCAUAUACUUUACCCAGGGUUUUUACAUGAAACUAUGUUCAG